UCCUCGAGAUCAUCACCAGCGUUUGACCGCCAGUCCAUCGAUCUUUUCCUCGGAUUAAUAUCGAGCUUGGCUUGCGACGAGUACCCAGCAGUUCUGCCAUAUGUGAACAGCGAGCCUCACGCGACAUCCUAAAUAAGAAGCGAGUGCAUCGGUUCUCUUGUUCCGCUGAAAACAUACAUGACGUACUUAAGAACACCGAAAACAUCUUCAGCAGCCGGUGGUACUUUCAUGUAUUCACUGCCGGUACGGUCUAUAUCCUCGCAACAUAUUGGGCCGUCGUCAAUUCGUUCGCCAAGUGUCCGGCGUAUGCGACAGCUGCUGAAAAUGACUCAAGCUGGUCCGGAUGACAUAUCAGGAACGGCAAUGGCAGCCCUCACCGGCCAUCAGAGCCCGGCACCUACGCCGAGCACAAAACUGCCCCGCACCCACCACCCGAUCGACAUCAACCCGGCCGAGUAUUCUAAGCUCAAGCUAGAUAAGACAGUGUUUGACGCAAUCGAAUAUCCGGAAUGCUAUGGAUCCAUCUGCUUACCGGUCAUGGACUCCGAGCAUGUGUGAAACGUAUGAAGCGCAGCAACCGAUGAUCCGACCGGCAUUGGAUUACUCCAGCGAUACGGAAGCCACCAUCGGAUCGCGGCCCACCCGGCCAUGGCACACACGAAAGCUCGAGACAGCACUCAAACCCUUGGAGGUGGUCCAGAAAUUGCCAACUUUAACUCAAUCCCGCGCGAUCGACCCGGGGCAUGUAUGGGUCUCCAGAGCCGUGUAGCUGACCAUCUGCAGGACGAAAGCGACGAAAUCCUUUCAGCUCCCAAGAACUCA